AUGCAGUCGGUUGUGACUUUUGAAAAACCAUUACCCCAUCUUAGUUUGUCAGAUUGGGAUGCUCGCCUAUAUGGAUUACAGGUAACAUCCGACACAAGAAGGGCAGACGCCUUCGACCUACGGUAUUCAGCGAACCAACUGCGCAAUGAAACGAAGAUCAAGACGGAUUGGGACAGCUACCACAAUAACAAUCGGCUCAGAGCCAGAGUCUACGAAAUAGAACAAUGGAGGUCGACAAUUCAAGAACUGCUCGAUCGUUUGGACCGCGAGAUGGCUAGCCUGAAAGAGGAGAAGGCGUCGACCGAGAGAGAGUUGGAACAACUGAACAUGCCUCUGCUUGUUUGCUCUGAAUGCUUGUCUAACAGGGACGGCAGGAGAAGCUCUGAAUUGACAUAUGAUCUUGCUGAUACCGAGUUGAAAAAGGAACUCUGCGUAACAGAAAGUAAUAAGAAAAUGUUGAUUGAUCGCUGCCAAUCAGCCUGGGAGAAGAUCAAUAAACUAGAAGUGGUCAAGUUCAAACUCCAACUGGACCUGAAAGACAAGAACGAAGCCCUGCAGAUUGACAAAGACAUGCUCAGUCUGGACAAGGAUUGUGCAAACAUAACUUAUAAAACUGACUCGUUGAAGACUCCGAAACGCAUGAUAACUAACCAGCAAUGGAUCGACAAAUGUGAAGCGACUAAGAAAAUGGCACUAGACGAGUUGGCUGACACUCUUCGUCUGCGCGAAGCCCUGUUUGUGGCCAGGGGUAGAGCCAGGAACGCCUUGCGAGCUCAGACUGAUGUAACAAAUUACAUGCUGAGAAGGAGGAUCUAUGAUACCCAGCGGGCGAGGAAUGAACUGCAGUGGCAGAAGAUGAAGAUGGAAGAAAACAUGGACAAACUCAACAACGAGAUAAAAACAAUGGGCGAGCAGUUUGCUGACAAGGUGAACGCGCUGAAGGUAGCCGAGACCAGGCUGGAGACGCGAGGGUACCGCCCCGGGAUCGAACUGGCGUCCGACGAGGCAGACAUCGGGCUCAAGGAGGAAGUGAGGAACCUGAGGGAGACUAUCAGGCAGUUGCAGGAGAAGUUGGACUGUGCCAAAGCAACGUACAACGCACUUGAAGGUACAUCUAUCCAGAUAGCCAUAGACUUGAACGACAAAGAAGCGACCUUGGAAACCGACAUCCGUGCUUUGGAAAUGAGAGCAGCCCUGGAACCCAAACGUCCUCAGGGCACUGAGAAGAACCUAAUCUUGGCCAGCAUGAAGGAUGAAGUGCCUAAUGUUGAAAACUAAUUAA